AGGUGGUUCAGGUCUGAGGAGCAUACAGUGACAAGUACUGUGGUUCAUGUUAGCCUUGCACACUGACAAGGAAUAACUUCAGAGCUGAUUCUACAGGCCUGCGUGCCACAACUCUGCGGGACCGCAACUGAGUUACAGCUAAGAUGACCCUGCAAAGGAAGAAGUCACAAUGGAGGCCUGGACUGGUGCUGUCCUGGUUUCUGCUCUGGAUCUCUCUGCAACCAGACUCCCUCCACCAGGUGUCAGCCGUCAACCUGCGGCACUUCAUUGGUUGUGCCGUCCGGGAGUUCACCUUCCUAGCCAAGAAGCCCGGCUGCGGGGGCCUGCACAUCACCACCGACGCCUGCUGGGGGCGCUGUGAGACCUGGGAGAAGCCCGUCCUGGACCCUCCCUUCAUUGAGUCCUACCAGCGGGUUUGUACGUACAACGAGACCCACCUGGUCACUGUGAAACUACCCAACUGCCAGCCAAAUGUCGACCCAACGUACACCUACCCUGUGGCCCUGAGAUGUGACUGUGGUGUCUGUCUGACCAGCACCACUGAAUGUAUAACAUCUGUGUAACACAAAACUGAACAUGCAGAAAAUAUACUUUUUUAACUAAAUGCUUUUGCUUUUAAUCACUGCCAUCACUGCUGGCCUUCAAAGUUCCUAAUAUUCUUAGUCCUUUUGCCACUUAGUUGACUAAAAUAAGGCUACGGUUAUUUGGCACUGCCUGUUAGAUUCACAUCAACCAUUAAAAUUGCUCCUAAAAAGGUUUAUGGCAGAACCAUUAUAAAAAAAAAGGUUCUGUUAGAUUCCCGCCUUACUUAUAAUGUAAACCAGAUGCACUUUUAUCAAUAAGUUGAAUAUUAGAAUUAAUUAGAGAACUUCAACUCAUAACUCACUUGUAUUUUUUUGUUUUAAUCACCAAAAUGCUCAAAUGUGAGCUAGACUCUAACCUACAGUUUUUAUUAAUAAAUUAAUUACAUCUUA